GUUGGAAAAAAAAUCGCAAAGUGUUCUAAUUGGUAUUGCAACAUAGAAUGGGAAAUUACUGUAGCACAGGGAUUAACAAGAAAAAUCUAGACAAUGAUUCUGAAAAAUCCGAAGACUCACCGUCGUACCAGCUGAAUGAUAAGAGGAAAAAGCAGAAGAAAAAUGGGAAUAAAAAGGAGGCUCCACUUGCGGAUCCGGAGCCAAUUUCAGACAUUUCAGUUAACGCUCAGAAUGCAUCAAGUCCCCCAACCAAUGGACAGGAUGCGACGAAGGUGCAGCAGAAGGUGGAAGGUAAUUUAGGCACAGAUGGGGAACCAAUGUCCGCCAGUCCGCACACAACAACUGCCCCCUGCCCACUACCCACCGUCAUUAAAACUCUGCCCACCAGUCUUCAGCCACUGUACGGGAAAAUCUCCACCACGAGACGAACGGAGAAGGACAAGAAGAUUGUCCUGUAUGUUCUGGCACCUGAUCAAGGAGCGGACUACAGCCUGUGUCCUUUGCACAAAAUCUACGAUCUUCUGCGGCAGAAAUGUGAAAGUCGAGGUUUUGAGCUUCAAAUCUCCAAUCUGCACGGUACAGAUCAAUAUCCGGAAUCAACAUUCUUUGCUGAUGCAUUUUUCGAGGAGGGCCCCCUGGAGGCACGCUGUGGGCAUUCCCUGGCAGCCAAUUGCCUGGCUGAGAUUGCACGACAGUCCAACAAUAGCUACUUAAUCCCCGUUCUCUACUUGGGCACAGAAUUGGGUAUUCAGCUCCUCCCACUCACAAUUGAGAGUCAGGACUUUCGUUCAGUCCUUCGAACAAUUGAUGCGGAAAGCCCGGAAAAUCGAGCUCUCAUUGAGAAGUGGUACAAAGAGGAUGUAACAGCUCAACCAUCGUGCUAUCGUCUUGAGAGUUUACCCGAGGAACCGGCUCGUGCUAAGGAAUGGAGUGCAUUGCUGCAAGUUAUGAUUGCAAUCUUCACGAAGGAACUUCGGGAUUCCUACCUUGCAUCUGUGGUUGAGCAGGAGAUCAACAACACCGUUCUCUUCCGGCAGGAAUUGGCAAAACGAUGCAUCUGGGUGCAGACAGCACAACCAACACCGGCUGAUGGGAAGGGGCACCUCGAGGUGGAGAUCAACAGGCGUCUUGGGAAAUUUACAAAUGAUCUGAAAUGCCAAUUGGCAGAGAAGCACAUCCUUAAGACAAUUAGUCCGGAUAAAAUUGAGCAACCCCUCACGCAAUUGGGGACACUCCUUGCUGAAGAGAUUGAUGGCAUCAUUGAGGAGCACAACAGUAAAUUCCAAAUACCAACGUGCACAUUUGGUGUAGAUCGAAGGCUCUUCUCUGAAUUGGAAGAUGUGAGUCAGCACUCAAAGAUCCUGGGGCAAUGCUGUGCAGAUAGUGUUGUGCUGGAGAAGACCAAGAAGUACAUAAUGGAGGGAUCAACCAAACCACUUGUUAUUUAUGGGAAAUCCGGAUCAGGGAAGAGUGUUGUUACAGCCAUGCUGGCCCAGAACAUUCACACGUGGAUCCCGGAUUGUUGCUUAAUUCUCAGAUAUGCAAAGUUGACGAUGCGUAGCUCAACUUUGGAAGCUCUCUUGCAAUCAAUUUGCUCCCAAUUGGCGGUAAUCGUUAAGGAUGGCUCAUCUCUCUAUCGUCACGAUGUCCAAGCAUACUCAAGGAUAAUUGAAGACUGUCUCGCUGUAGCCACGAGCCGUAUUGUAAUUGUGAUUGAUUCACUCGAUUGUGUGUGCAAUGGGGCAAAUUUGGAUUGGCUACCGGGAAAUCUCAAGGAAAAUGUGAAAAUUAUCGUAACUGCUACAACAAAUGCCACAUCAUUGUCUCAAGUGUCCAAAGAUAGCAAUGAUCAAAGUGAAUCUCUUCUACGUGCUCUCAAGGAUAAAAUACAAUGUGAUGAUAAUUUCGUGCUAUCAUCCGCCUUCACCGAUACUCAGUGGAUGGAUGUUAUAAGUAGUGGCGGAAGUGACUUCUAUGCUGCCAAUGGGGCACUUCAUUUGCCAAAUGAAUGGAAAUCUUGCACCGAUAAGACACCAAUUCAGGCAAAGAUUCUUUGGUGGUUUGCAUGGCUCGGUGUGAAAUCCUUGAAGAAUACCACCCUGGAUUACAUUUCAAAUGAAGUCUUUGAAUUGCUGGAGAGGAGAUUUACAAAGAGGACCACAAGCCAUAUCAUAGCACUCAUUGUGGCAUCACCACAUGGGAUAACGGAGACGGAAAUAAUGCAUCUGAUUGGGGAUAAAAUGGAGAAGAGCUACGGAUCCCCGGCUCAGCUUUGGUUGAGCUUCUCCUGGUUUAUGGGACCACUUUUACGGCAUAGCAACAAUGUUAGUAUUAUGGAUAGAUUGAUACUUAAGAUUGCCAAGGAUAGGUAUAGUGCGGAAAUUUGUGAAGCUCAUACCAUCCUCUGCAACUACUACACAUCGCAAGAUUCAACUUUUGUGAGUUCCUCAGGAAAAACUCAAUGUUUAAACAUGAGGAAAUACAUGAAUCUGCCUUAUCAUGUCUACCAAAUGAAUCCCUCCUCUUUUGCCACCUCCACCUACCUUACGGACCUCUCUUGGAUCUACAACAAGAUCAAAUGUACCGGAUGCAUCUACAUACUCUCCGACAUUUCCCUGUGUUCAGACAACAAAGCAGAACAUUUGAAUGUUCUCGAGAAAUUCAUUCGAGACCAUUUCUAUGCCCUCAACUAUGAUGUUCAGCAAUUCUAUGCCCUCCUUAAGGCAAAUCUCAAGGCACAUCCCGAUGGGGAUCCAACAAUUGGGGCAUGGAAGAAAUCUAUUAGUGAGAACGAUAUGAUUUGCCUGGAAGUUGUCAAAGAAAUUGACCUGAAGGACUCUCCGCCGGAUCCUACUUCCAAGUACGACAACAUUGUUAAUUUGUGCGGAAAAGGAUAUUUUGUGGCAUCAAUAAGGACGGAAAAGGAAGAAAUCUGCAUAUGGGAUGUUGAAAGAUGCUGCAGAGUUCGAACAUUCAAAGGUAUCUCACAACCAUCAGCAAUUUGUCCUGUACAGGACUAUGGCGCUGCAAUUCUCUGUCGUAGAGAGAUUAAAGUUCUGGAUCUUGACAAUGGGUGCUUCAAGGUAACACUCAAAGGAGUUAUGAACCAGAAGAUGCCUUACUUUGGACUCCACGACACGACGCACUUGGUGUGCUUGUCACGCAAUCGCAUGUACGUGAAUCUCAUGAAUCUCGAAUCUGGGGACUGUGUAACAACAUUCAAAGCCGGUGAAGAUCGUUUCCUGAAUUCUCUUCUCAUUUCCGGCGAUGGAAGGAUGCUAGUUUGUGGGGAUGAAACGCAAAAGCCCUUCCCCCUGCUAGUUUGGCAUCUCUCACAGCGGAAAUUGCUGUACGAUUUGCGAAUUCCCCAUCAUGACUUCAUCACGAGCCUCUCGGCCAUCACGCACGAGGGUUCGUACGUUUGUGUCGUGGCGAAGGAAUUGGCAGAACCAACGCCAAAUUUUAUUGUUGUCUACGACCUCCAGAGUGGCACGUUAUUCAAGAAGUGGAAGCCCUCGUGCAACACUGAAUCCCUGGCUAUUUCUCAGACUAUGACCUGCGUCAUUGCAGGACUUGAAGAUGCAAGAAUUUUUGUCUGGGAUCUUGUUACAGGAAAUUGCAAACUAACUCUAAUGGGCCACAAUGCACCUGUAACACUCCUAAAGUUGGAUCCAACGGGAAAAAUUCUUCUUUCCGGUGACAAGGAAGGAAGAGAUCCUUCAAUCCGAAUAUGGGACCUCGAUACAGGCAAUUGUCUUGCGGUCUUCACACCAACGCACAAGAUAUCAACGUGCGAGAUCCUGGCUGAAGGGAAGUACGUGGUGAUUGCUUUAGAAAAUCAAGAAGAUUUAAUAACAUUGAGUCUCAAGAAGUUAAACGCUAAUUUGGACAUUUCAAUUAAAGUUAUUUACGGUAAAGAGGAAAAUGAGGGUAAAAUAUUUGAUCUGCAGAAACAGUAAAGUUACCAUUUUAGUCUCAUAAUUUGUAAAUAUGUUUUCUAUUAUUAUUUAAAAUUAAUUAAAUCACGAGUUAUAAAAAUUAUCAUAAAAUAAAAAACCGAAUUAAAUAUACGACCAAAUUUCUUUCUCUAUAAUAGUAAAAGCUCUCAUUUAAUUUGUCGUCAAAUGAGAGAUUAUAAAUCAUUGUUGUGGGAAAUAUUAAAUAUUAAUUCAUUUAAUUUAUUAAAUUGAUUCUCCGUCGAUAGUUGAAUAGUGAAAACAACAUGAGAAAAAAUAUUUAAAAAUUGUACAAGAAAUAAUUGAAAUUUAUAUAUAUUUAUCCUAUUAUUGGAACAAUAAUAAGAUUUACGAAAUAUAAUAAAUUGAUGGUGAAAAAAAUAGUUUAAAAAAUUGAACAUUAAUCAAACACAUUAGAGAAUCAUUUUAAAAAGAAAAACAAUCUAUGUGUAGUAAUUCUUGCUAGAAUUUUUGGGAAUAGAAAGCUCUAUAAAAAAAACUAUAAAAAUAUAUUAAAACCAAUAGAAGGAAUAAAGGACAACAACAAAAAAUCACUAGCUUAUCAUUUAUUAUUAAAAAAAAAUGCUUCAUUUAUAUUUUUAGUGUUAAAGAUAUGACAAAAAAAACAACAAUUCCUAGAAUACUAAAAAAAAAGUGAAUCAAUGUUUUAAAAAUAUAUAAUAAUAUUAAAUAGAAUGUAAUAGAAUUGGAAGCUCAAAUGGACAACUCUUUAUAAUUAUUUUAUUUUGCACAAUUCUUUUUCUUCAAAUAAAAUAAUUCAAUAAUAGGUAAAUGCAAAAAACAAAUUUCUUUCUUUUUUGAUAUUAAUCUCUUCCAUCCAAUUUAACGAAUUAAUUUUAACGGUCAUUUGAGCAAUUCCACUUUUAGGUAAAAAUUUAAAAGGAUAAAAAAGUAAUGCCAAAUUGCCAUGAUAUAUACAUUUUAAAUGAAUAGUAAGAAAAAACUAUAUAUAUUAAAAAUAUUAGAAAAUCUAGGACGAUAGAGGAUGGUCUAUAAAAGAAUAAUUCACACACAAAACACAAAAAAGAAAAAGAAAAGAAUCCUUAAUCUACUCGUUUAGCUUAAAAAAAAUAGCUCUCGAGCAGGAAGAAAACACACAAAUCUGCUUAUAAAAACGCUCACAAAUUUUGAAUUAAGUUUUAUGUGCAAAGUCCAUCAAAGUAUAUUUAUAUAAAAAAUAAACAAAAAAAUAUAAUCCAGGAUUUUAUGAAAUGAAUAAUAUAAUUAAUUAAUUUUUUACUCAUCUGGAAUGAGGUUUUAUCAAGGCAGGUCCUUUUUUUCUUUCUUCUACAAAAAAAUGUGAAAAAUAAAACACAAACACCACAAAAAAGCAGAAAAAUUCUGUAAAAUGCAUUUUUUGGAUUUACAAAAAUUAACUGUGCAAUAAAAAGGUAUUAUGAAAAUAUUUAUAAA